UGCUCCACCUCCAGGACUGGCCACGGGUUGGUUAUAGACAUCAUCAUUGUGGGCUGUUUACAAAGAGCUCCCAUUUUGGAAUUGUCCCCACCUCUAUGGAUGGUCAUUGGCCGGAUACAAAGCAGCCCCGCCCCUCUACCCCCUCCCUCCUAGUCCCACUGAAGUGGGCGAAAUCCCGGAGAAGUGGCGGUGUCCACAGCCUCUCCCGCCAACCGAGAUGGGGAGUAAAGUGGUGGACCUGCUGUACUGGAAGGACACCAGGACGUCGGGAGUGGUCUUUACAGGCCUCAUGGUCUCCCUCCUCUGCCUCCUGCACUUCAGCAUCGUGUCCGUGGCAGCGCACGUGGCUCUGCUGUUGCUCUGCAGCACCAUCUCUCUCAGGGUCUACCGCAAAGUGCUGCAGGCUGUGCACCGGGGGGAUGGAGCCAACCCCUUCCAGGCCUACCUUAAUGUGGACCUGACCCUGACUCGGGAGCAAACAGAACAUUUGUCACAGCAGAUUGCCUCUCAUGUGGUAUCUAUGGCCACGCAGCUUCGACAUUUCUUCCUGGUAGAAGACCUUGUGGAUUCCCUUAAGCUGGCCCUCCUCUUCUACAUCUUGACCUUUGUGGGUGCCGUCUUCAAUGGCCUGACUCUUCUCAUUCUGGGAGUGAUGGCUUUAUUCACCGUCCCCCUGCUGUACCGGCAGCACCAGGCCCAGAUUGACCAGUAUGUGGGGUUGGUGACCAAUCAAUUGAGCCACAUCAAAGCUAAGAUCCGAGCUAAGAUCCCAGGUACGGGAGCCCUCGCCUCAGCAGCAGCCGCAGUCUCCGGAUCCAAAGCCAAAGCCGAAUAAGAGGGGUGUCUCUGCCCGCGGGACGCUGCCCCCUCCCCGAGCAGCCCUCUGCCUCCCUCCGUCUCCCGUUCAUCCUAGUCCACUCCCCAUCUCUGCCACUUGAGCCGUUUCCGGUGGGUGUCAGGAUCAUGCCCAUUAGGGAAACCGCUAAUUUGCCCUAGCGGUUAGGACUACAUUUCCCAAGAGGCUCUGCUCUAAGAGUCCAGAAAAGGCUAGGCACCUUGGCUCGCGGGUUCUGCUGGGACUUGUAGUUGACUAGACAGGCACCGCCCCGCACUUCCGCAAUUCCACCGCUGGAGGCGCCGUGAGGGGUUGGUGUCUGGAGUAAGCCACCAGGCCCAAUGCAGGGGAUAUGCAUGGGGCCCAAAGGAGGCCUGAGCUUGGAUUUAUACUGUAAUAAAGACUCCUGUGGAAAACAA